GCGCAGCUGCAGCGCGUGGCUGCCCAGCUGCUCGAGGCGCUGCGCGGCGCGCUGCACGCGCCGCUGCCGCCCGUGGCGUACGUCCACGCGCAGCGUUGGCAGGCGGGGAUCACGCGCGCGCCGCUCGGGCUGGAGCCGCCGUGCGCCAGCUGGGAGGAGUACGGCCUCUUCGCGUGCGGCGACUGGGCGGCCAAGGAGGCGAAGGUCGAGGAGGCUGCCCUCUCCGGUUUGGCGGCCGCGCAGGCGUUUCGCGAGAGCAGGUGGUGGGACGCCCCCGGCCGUGAGGCGGCCGCUGAGGAGCGGUGCCUCGUCACCGCCGGCCGCGCGACGCUUUGGCCAGAGGGUGGCGGGCCGCCGGUCGAGAUUGCAAAGGGGGACUGGGUCACCUUCCGCCGCGGCUUCCAAUGCACGUGGGUCGUCAACGAGGACAUCGCCAAGCGAUACGCCUACUUUGACGCCGAGGGCGCGGAGCUCGCGUGCGAGACUCUGGACUUCCUCUCUCUACUCUCGUUUUUGAAACAAAAUAGACCUCCAAAUCUACAGGAGGAAUAA